AAAAGAAGCGAAUUUUGUGCAGCCAAAUUUUCUCCUGGGAGAAAAAAAGACGCCAAAGCAGAGGAAGAAUUAUCAUGAUUCUCUGAAUCUCACUUAAGCGCAGAGUGAUUUCAGUCUCAAGCCAUGAAUAUCAUGGGUGUUAUUGUGUCCGGGCGAUUGCCACAGACGGACUUUCAGCAAGUGGGCGAAUCGCAGUUCCUCUUCAACAUCUCCGAUGCCGACAAUAUCAAUCACAUCGUGGUGUUCCUCACGGGCGCCGUGGCGCUCCCGGAAGGCAUGGCCGGCGCUGUGUACUUCAGCUGGCCGGAUCCCAAUGCGCCGCCCAAUUGGCAGUACUUGGGCUACAUCAGCAACACAAAGCCCUCGUGCAUCUUCAGGAUAUCGCAGCUGAAGAAGCUGAAUGAGAUGCAGGACAAUCCGACCAGCAACGUGUUUGGCGCGCAGCCAAUUUCUCACAUCGCCCAGAUUGGCGUCUCCGUGGAGCUGGAGGCCAGCGUUGUCCAGCAGACGCCGUCCGUGACGAGCGUCACGAAUUACCUGCAAUUUGGGCAGAAGAUGCUGGAGAACUUCUUCAAUUACGCCUCGAGCUUCGCCGUGACGCACUCAGCGGAGACCUUCGUGCCCCUCUCCACCCUCCAGACAUGGUACACGAACUUCCAGCGACGCCUGCAGCAGAAUCCCAACUUCUGGAAGUCAUAAAAUUGCUUUA